AUAUAAGUGGUAUUUGCGGUAGGCACGGCGAGCGCGCGUCUGCUGUUUUCCAGUGACGUCACCGAGAGCAGCCCCCAGGUUGUUUACGUCAGGCAGUGUCAGUAGAAACUCCGUUGUGAUAGGGUGUGUCGCGGCCUCUCCACCUGAAGUGUUGUGUUAACGUGGGUUCGUUCACGGACUACCUCCUUCUCUCCGCGGGUUUUCUUUUCCUCAGCAUGCCGAGUCGGGGCCGCGCCGUGUGGAGAUGAGUGGAGUGCAUGGCAGGGGCGUGGCGCGAUCCCACGCCCGCAGCGCCUCGCAUGGCGGGAUCAUGCUCACCCGCGAUGCAGGCGGCGGGCAUGGUGGGACGAUGCCGGCGGCCGCAGCGUCGGCGGCGGCGGCGGCGGCGACGGGGGGCCCAGGAGGUGCAGGGAGAGGGCACCACCGCACCUUCUCCCACGGUUACCUGGUGGAGGGGGGGCGGGGGCACCGGCGGGUGGGCUCCAAGACCGAGUUCAUCCUCCCGGCGGGGCAUGAGGAGCGAGAGCGGGAGCGGGCGGGGUCUGGGGCGGGUCCGGGCCUGAAGAAGGGCAAGGGCCACACGCGCCAGGCCUCCUGCACCGACAGCGUCUACACCAUCAGGCAGACCAAGACCUCGCUGCUCAGAAGACUCAUGUUCUGGAAGAAGCGCCCCGAGGAAGGGAGGACGCGGCUGGUAGUGCCGAACCAUGUGGUGGCCCCUGGCGAGGCCCACCCCAACGAGGUCUUCCCCGAUAACUCCAUCUGCACCACCAAGUACACGCUGCUCUCCUUCCUGCCCAAGAACCUGUUUGAGCAAUUCCACAGGUUCGCCAACUUGUACUUCCUGUUCAUCGUGCUGCUGAACUUCGUGCCCGCCGUCAACGCCUUCGGCAAGGAGGUGGCGAUGCUGCCGCUCAUCUUCGUGCUGGGCAUCACCGCCAUCAAGGACGCCUUCGAGGACCGCCGCCGCUUCCUCUCCGACCGCCGGGUGAACAACGCCACCUGCCGCGUCUACACCAGGGACCAAGACCGCUAUGUCAAGAGGCUGUGGCGUGACGUGCGUGUGGGUGAUGUGAUCCACCUGUCCUGCAACGAGGUCAUCCCAGCGGACAUGGUGGUCCUUAACUCCUCCGACGAGUACGGGCUCUGCUUCAUCGAGUCCUCCAACCUGGACGGCGAGAGCAACCUGAAGCAGAGGCAGAGUGUCAAGGGGCUCAACCUGGGCAUGCAAGAAGAGUUCAAAGUAUCACAGUUCAACUACUUGAUGGAGAUUGGUUCCCCGACCACCAAGAUGUACCACUUCACGGGCACCAUUCCCCUCAAUACGGGGGAGCGAGUGCCCCUCUCCAAAGACAAUCUCCUCCUCAGGGACUGCACCCUCAGGAACACAGACUACAUAGAAGGAAUAGUCGUUUAUGCUGGCCGGGAGACAAAAGCCAUGUUGAAUAAUGGAGGGACAAGAUACAAGCGGUCACGGUUAGAGCAGAGAAUGAACAUAGAGGUGAUGUGGUGUGUGGUGAUCCUCUUCCUCAUGUGCCUCAUCUCUGCCACGGGUUCUGGACUCUGGCAGGGUUACCAUCAAACAAACUCCUCGCUAGGGCUGGUGCCAUUCCUGCCUCCCCAGGAAAGUCAUGCAUCGCAGGCCCGGGUGCGUCAGCUCAACAGCCCCGUCUGGGUGGGGUUCAUCAGCUUCUGGACCUUCAUUAUCAUUUACCAGGUGAUCAUUCCUAUAUCUCUGUAUGUUACUAUAGAAGUCAUCAAGCUCAUGCAGGUGUACCACAUCCACCAAGAUAAAGACUUCAAGGACAAGAAGAGUGGCAAAACUAUAGAGUGUCGAGCCCUGAACAUUCCUGAGGAGCUGGGUCAGGUCGAAUAUGUCUUCACUGACAAGACUGGAACUCUUACUGAGAACCAAAUGAUAUUUCAGCGGUGCUCUAUCAACGAUGUAGAUUACUCACACCCUCCUAUCAUUCAUCCUGAAGGCUCCUCAGAAAAACAGGGCUCAAGCCAUCUGGAUAGUUUCUCUCUUAACACACAACUACAGGAAGAUCUGUCUGCCAUAGAAGUGCCACUUAUCUAUACUCAGCCACGCCACCAUCAGCCUCCCGCACUGCUUCAAAACUCACCGCAGGAGAGGAUGAUGGAUUUCUUUCUCACGCUGGCAGCCUGCAACACGGUGGUGGUGGCCAAGCACCCCCACCAUGACCAAAUGAAUGCCAGUGGGAUGAUAGUGCCAAAUAAUAGUGCCAAUACCAGUGAGGUUGAUAAUGCCAGCUUUAGCUCCUUCCUCUCCAACUCCUGGGCACCUGCCAGAGUGUUGAGAGAGAUGUGGCCCUUCCCACGGCCCCUGUCCCCCAUCGCCCCCUCACCCUCCAGCACCCCGCCCCGCACCCCAGAGUCCUCGCCCCGUUACUCAGAGUCUCCCUCCAUCAACAUCCACAUGAACCCUAUCAUUUCUGAAACUCCUGCACUACACGUCCAUGACCCCAUGCCAGAGCCCUGCAGAACCUCUCCUCCCCGACCCUCCCUCCUGAACAUUCAGCCAGGGCAUGGCUACCACCAAGUACACUCAGUCACACCUUCACCUCUUGAUAUCAAACCUAUCUAUGAGGCUGAAAGUCCGGAUGAGCUGGCCCUGGUGGAUGCUGCCUACAAGUAUGGGUUUCGCCUUCUAAGAAGGUCAUUGCACAAUAUUCUGGUGUCUUUCCCAGGCUUUGGGCUGUGUGAAUAUGAAGUCCUCCAUGUGCUGCCAUUUGACUCAAACAGGAAGAGGAUGUCCAUUAUUGUGAGACAUCCACAAACUCUCCAAAAAAUUCUUUAUUGCAAAGGAGCUGAUUCUGCAAUCUUGGACAAUUUGUCUCGAGACGUAGAUGAACAGACCAAAAUGAGAGUUUUCCGCACUCAGCAACACCUCAACACUUACUCCAAGCGUGGGCUGAGAGUCCUUUGUAUGGCAAAACGUGUCCUGAGUGACUCCGAGUAUGAAACUUGGGUGGCAGGACACAAUGUAGCGGAGAAUUCCUGCCGUCGGGAACACAAGUUGUAUGAAUCCUAUUGUAGAAUAGAAAAAAAUCUUAAUUUACUAGGUGCUACAGGAAUUGAAGACCGGCUGCAAGAUGGAGUGCCAGAGACCAUCGCAGCAUUACGAAGGGCUGGCAUAGUGGUGUGGGUCCUAACCGGGGACAAGCAAGAAACUGCUGUUAACAUUGCUUAUUCUUGUGCAUUGUUCCAGCCCAACAUGGAGAUAUUAAAAUUAAACGCAAGAACCAAGGACCAAACAGAGUGCACCAUCAACUUUUUCUUGCAACAAAUCAGGCAGCAGGAAGAGGCGAGGGAGCACGUUCAGGCCAAUGGAGAGUGUUUGCCUCCUGAAGGCCGGUUCUCUACGUCGUCCAAGCAGCGAGGCCUUGUGAUAGAUGGUCGAACUCUUGUAUUCAUCUUGGAUCAAAGAACAAACCUGAAAAAGCUGUUCUUAGAGUUGGCCAAACAGUGUAAUGCAGUGCUGUGUUGCCGCGCCACGCCCCUCCAGAAGGCCCUCAUUGUACGCCUUGCCAAGGACAGCCUCAAGGUGCUCACUCUGGCUGUGGGGGAUGGUGCCAAUGAUGUCUCCAUGAUCCAGACUGCUGAUGUUGGAGUGGGCAUAUCAGGGCUGGAGGGUAGGCAAGCAGUGAUGGCUUCAGAUUAUGCCAUUGCAAGGUUUCGCCACUUGGAAAAAUUGUUGCUGGUGCAUGGCCAUUGGUGCUACAGCCGCCUUGCACGGAUUAUACUCUACUUCUUCUACAAGAAUGCUUCCUUCGUGUUGAUGCUGCUGUGGUUCCAGCUGUACAAUGGCUUCAGUGGGAGCAGCAUGCUGGACCAGAUGUACCUGAUGGUUUUCAAUUUGUUUUUUACUUCCAUCCCCCCCAUUAUUUUGGGAAUAUAUGACCAAGAUUCUCCUGAGGAAGUUUUGCUGGAAGAACCUCACCUCUAUGCUCAAGGUCACCAGCUCCCCUACCAACCCAGCUCAUUUUGGUUUAACAUACUGGAUGCUCUCUAUCAGUCUGUUGUCCUGUUUUUCAUUUCUGCAUUGUUUACAGAGGGCAGUCAGAUGGGGAUGUACGAGUUUGGUAUGACAGUGACUCAUGCCUGCCUUGUGGCACAGUCACUCCAUAUUGCCAUUGAGACAAGAUCAUGGACUGUGUUACAUGUUGGUGGUCUGGUCGUGUCUUUCCUACUCUUUUACAUUUUUGGGGGACUGUACACUGCUACCUGUCCUGCCUGUCUGGGGUCGCCCAGCCAGUAUGGGGAGCUGGGGCACAGCCUUGCCUCACCCCUACACUGGCUGACUGUUCUUCUGACUUCCGUCCUUGCUGUACUUCCAAGAUUCAUGGUGAGAUCUCUCCAGUGCAGCCUGAGUCCCGAUGAAGUGACUCAAGCCAUGCUGCGACGGCGCUCUAAAAGAUCGAUGGAUUUCAUUGUGUCUUGGUUUUCUUCCUCAUGCACUUCAUCUACUUACAGGCACCUCCUGGCUGAAGUGAAAGUGAGCUAAUUCAAAAGUCAUAAU